AUGGCCAUCCUAGAGCAGCUGUUAAGUCUCGAAGAGACCGGGCCUAGCCAGAGUUCCACCACCUCUGCUGGCCGAGCACCUUCUAGUGCAGAGGACGACCUGACUAUCCACCACAAACGUGCUAUCGGUUCGACUAAAUUGAGUGAAAGAAAAUCUCUGAGGUUGAAGACUCGAGCUGAAGCCUCUGGGAUAUCUGGCAAGAAGACGGAGCCGAAAGGACAACACGUUCACGGCUACAACACAAGAAACCAGCCCCUAACAAGAGCUCAGAAGCGUGCUGCUGACCGUGAGGACAAGCCCAAACCAUGUGUGGAACGUCAGAUGUCGGUGAAUUUGCCACCGAAAGGCUCGAGGCCGCAGAGUAAGAAUGUCAGGGAGCUCCGGCAGAACAAGAGGCAGGAGCGCGAUGAUGGGGUAUCUAGCCU